AUAUGUAAAUAACAAUUACAUGUGUUGCUGAGAAAACACACACAAUCUUUCGCAGCGAAAUGAUGGCGGCAACCAGUGCGACCACGGCUGCUGCUCCUCUCCGCUCGCUAUUAUUCUCUUCUCUUCCUUCACCUCCACUGCCAUCUAUCCUCAAAUUGCGCUUUAGCAGGGCUUGUCUUCCUUCUUUGUCCAUUACUAACAAGCAUGCAGGAGCCAGGGUUCUUCAGUCUGAAGCCGUUGUUCUUAGGUGCUCCCAUUCGAAUUCUUCUUCUCAGAUUCCAUCUCAGGAUGACAACGAACCUCCUCAAGAAGCCGUUCUCAAGGCCAUCUCUGAGGUUUCGAAGUCUGAAGGAAGGGUUGCACAAACAACCAAUGUUGUUAUUGGAGGUACAGUAACAGGGGAUUCAAAAAAUGAAUGGCUUGUUCUUGAUCAACAGGUGAACUCUUAUCCAACAGUAAGGGGUUUUACUGCCAUUGGUACUGGAGGUGAUGAUUUUGUGCAAGCCAUGGUUGUUGCCGUUGAAUCAGUAAUUCAGCAGCCAAUUCCAGAGGGGCGUGUGUCACAAAAGUUAUCUUCCAGGGGAAAAUACGUAUCAGUAAAAAUUGGACCCAUUAGGGUGCUCUCAAGUGAACAG